UUCUUGUUGAUUUCUAUUCUACAACCAGCAGAAAUGACGUCUAGAAAUAGCAGAUUCAUUUUAAUGGUUUCUCUUCUUGUGUUUAGUGUGGUUCGGGUUUGUAAUGCAGAAGGGCCGGCGUUGGUUCAGAACCAAUACGAGACAAGUUGUCCAAAAGCUGAGGAGCUUGUGAGGAACAUCACAUGGAGACAACUUAAAGCUAGACCUGUUUUGGCUGCUAAACUGCUUAGACUGCAUUUCCAUGAUUGUUUUAUUAGGGGUUGCGAUGGUUCUAUAUUGCUGGAUGCGGUGGACAAUGUCACCAAGGCUGAAAAGGAUGCACUAGCUCAUACAACCCUGCAAGGUUAUGAUGAAAUUGAUGAAAUCAAAACUGAAAUAGAGAAGCUCUGUCCUGCAGUUGUUUCCUGUGCUGAUAUUCUCGCCUUGGCUGCUCGUGAUUCUGUUUCCUUCUUGCCUUAUCUUGAUUAUGAUUCCAUCCCGCCGUUUAAGCCUUUGUGGCCUGUGCUUACUGGAAGAAAAGAUGGCAAUAUUUCCCUUGCAUCUGAAGUCACUGGAGACAAUAUCCCUUCAUCAUUCUCAAACUUCACCACACUUCAUAAUUUAUUUGCCAGUAAAGGUCUUGACGAUGACGAUCUUGUCGCUCUAUCAGGUGCCCAUACCAUUGGUGUUGCUCGUUGCGCAACGUUCUCAAAUAGGCUUUACAACUUUACCGAAAACAGUGAUGUCGAUCCUUCCCUAAAUGCAACUUACGCUGAAUUCCUAAAAGUUCAGUGCCCACCGAAUAAUCGUGCCACAACUGUUGAAUUUGACCCUAAUAGUUCCUCCACAUUUGAUAGCAAUUACUUCAAUAUCCUGCUCCAAAACAAGGGCCUAUUGCAAUCUGAUGCUGCACUGCUUACGGAUAAAAAUGCAGAAAAGAAAGUGGAGAAGCUUCAGAAGUCAAAAGAUUUCUUCAAGGCUUUUGCUGAUUCUAUGAAGAAGAUGGGAAACAUAGGAGCAGGAAAUGCUGGAGAAAUCAGGAAACAAUGUCGCCUGGUGAAUCCUCAAUGAACAUAAGAAUCUACCAUUUCUCACUUCAUCGGUCACCUCGGACGUGCUGACUUUUUAUACAUGUUUACUAAUAUUUUGUACGCAUGAUGAAUAAUAAAUUGUAAUAUUACGUAUAGCUACGUACAGCAAAUGUAUCGUAUGUCGCUACAAGUAAUGAUUUCUGAAAAUAAUAAAAGCAUGUGUUAAUUUU